UAAAUACCGUAACAAGAAAACAAAAAAUAAAAUAGAAGCCAUAUCAAUAUAUCACUAACAAGGAACUUUGAGGAAACAACUUUAACAAGUUAAGUCGAAUAAGCUAAAAAAAAAUGGAGUUUUCUUGGCUACUCUCAUUCAUAACAUUAAUAAUUUCCCUAACAAUAACCUUAAAACUUUUAAAAAAACAAACACCAACAAAUUUACCACCAGGCCCUCCAAAGUUACCAUUAAUAGGUAACCUCCACCAACUAGCUUCCAAAACCACCCUCCCCCACCGCCGUCUGGCGGAGCUGGCGACGGUCUACGGCCCUAUUAUGCACCUCCAGCUAGGGGAGGUUCCCACGGUGGUGAUAUCCUCGCCGGAGAUGGCAAAAGCGGUGAUGAAAACUCACGACGUGGGUCUUUGUAGUCGGCCUAAAAUGUUGAUGCCUCAAGUGGUGUUUUAUAACUGUAGCGAUAUUGCGUUGACCCCUUACGGCGAGUAUUGGCGGCAAGUUCGGAAGAUUGCGACGCUUGAGUUGUUUACGAGCCACCGUGUUCAGGUGUUCCGGCCGGUGAGGGAGGAGGAGGUAAUGGGUGUUAUUAAGUCUCUUGUUACGGAUGCUAAGGCAGGGUUGGUGGUUAACCUUAGCAACAUCAUUUUUGCCCUCAACUUUAACAUUAUUUUAAGGUUAACUAUGAACAAGAAAGGCAAAGAUGGAAAAGAAUUUAGACAAUUAAUAGCAGAUGUGGCUGAGCUAAUCUCUGGCUUUUCAAUGGGUGACUUGUACCCAUCAGUGAAGUUCAUAAGUUCAAUUACAGGUAUGAAAGGGAAACUCGAACGAAUAGUGAAGAGAUUUGAUACUUUAAUGGAUCCCAUAAUUAAAGAGCAUAUGUCUAAAAAGAGAUUAGGCAAUAAUAAAGUUCAAGAUGAGGAAGAAGACUUGGUGGAUGUUCUUUUAAAAUUUCAUAAGGGUAAUCUACAUGAUCAUACUAGCACUGAAUUCUCUCUCACCACUGAUAAUAUCAAGGCUAUUGUUUUUGUAAGUUCAUUUUUUUUUACCAUAUAUAGUUUGCAUCAUCACAUUAUAAUUCAUGCUUCAAUUUGUUUUGUCUUAGUUACAACCUUUACUGUUCGCCCUAAUUUUAAAAUGCGAGUCGAUAGAUAA